UGCAGUUGGCGCGUAGACAGUAAAUGGGCUCAGGACGUGGCCCGCUGAAGUCUGGAGACUGGCAGUAACUUCUUGGAGAGUUGAUCCCAAACCGCGGCAGCAGACGAAGGACUUCUCCUGAAGAAGAAGAAGAAGAAGCAGAAGAAAGAAGCCCUACAAAAAGGGGGAAGAAGGGACAAACGCCUUCUGGCCUUUCACACGCUUGCAAAAUGGGCAGAGAAAACACGACGUCUGAUGACUGGAAUUACACCCUCCCAAACCUCUUAGAAAUCCUGGACGGACUCUUGGAUGGGGGACAACCCCACAACAACCCAAUACUUCAGGACCCAAACAAAGCAACGGAGCUUCCAGCCACGACUCUCUGGAAUGGCGGAGGAGGCGCUGCUGGUGCUGGAGGAGGAGGAGGAGGAGGCGGAGGACUCGGGGUGGGGCCCCUCUCUUCCCCGGAGCCUUCGACCACCACAACCCCGCCGCCCAUCAACAAGCCUAUGUUCGCCCUCAACUUCACCAUAAGGACGACCGUCGAAGCUCUCCUGAAAACCAGAGCCAACCUGUCGGUCUUGGACCCGCUCAGAUCGGGACCCGGGGGAGCCUUGGACAUGGACCUGGAAGCCACCAACAGGAUGGGCACGCUGGACAUCCUGGAUCCUUCCGCCGCCGCGGCUUCCGCCUCGACGACCAACGACGUCCUGCUGACCGGCAACGACUCGCUGGUCACUCUGGACGACGCGUUCUGGUUGUCGUCCAAUGACUCCAGGAACCUGACUCAGGCGUUCGGCAACGACACCAUGGACGGGCCCAUCGUCGACACCGUCGGGAUGGUCAUCACUUCCGUCAUCCUCGGGAUCAUGAUCCUCACGACCGUCAUAGGAAACGUUUUCGUCAUCGCCGCCAUCUUACUGGAGCGGAACCUCCAGCAGGUGGCCAAUUUUCUAAUCGUCUCCCUGGCUGUGGCAGACCUCAUGGUGGCCUGUCUGGUCAUGCCCCUAGGAGCCGUGUACGAGAUCAGCAAAGAAUGGCUCCUGGGCCCAGAGCUCUGUGACAUGUGGACAUCUAGCGACGUCCUUUGCUGUACAGCGUCGAUAUUGCACCUGGUGGCAAUAGCUUUAGACAGGUACUGGGCGGUGACCCAAGUGGAUUACAUCCACUCCCGCAACGGCACCCGGAUAGGGACGAUGAUCCUGAUGGUGUGGCUGACGGCGGUGGUGGUGUCCAUAGCGCCCCUCUUCGGCUGGAAGGACCCGGACUUUCUGGUCCGGGUCAACGAGCACAAGAAGUGCCUGGUGUCGCAAGACCUGGCGUACCAGGUCUUCGCCACCAUGGCCACCUUCUACGUCCCUCUCACGGCUAUCCUCAUCCUCUACUGGAAGAUCUUCCAGGCAGCCCGCAAGAGGAUCCACAACAGGCCAGGUGACAAGAAGGAAUCCAAGAAGAAGAAAGCUAAUAAUAAUAAGAAGUCUAAGACUCCCAGAAGCGGAGACAAGCCCAACGGCAUCACGGAGCACCAAACGACAGUCUUCACGACCCACAGCGGGUCUCCAGACAAGUCCUCCAACAACGGGGCGGUCUCCGUCUCGUCCCACGUCAGCGAGGUCUCCCGACUGGAGAUUAUCCCGAAGGAGCCGCCGAAGAAAACCAAAAAGGAGACCCUCGAAGCCAAGCGGGAGAAGAAGGCCGCCAAGACCCUGGCCAUCAUCACGGGCGCCUUCGUGGUAUGUUGGCUGCCGUUCUUCGUCACCGCCCUCCUCAUGCCCAUCUGCCACGGGUGCUACUUCUCCGACAUCAUGUUCUCCAUCUUCCUGUGGCUGGGGUACUUCAACUCCACCUUGAACCCCAUCAUCUACACCAUCUUCAGCCCCGAGUUCCGCGAGGCCUUCAAGCGGAUUCUCUUCGGCCGCAAGAACCAAAGAUAUAGACCUGGCAAAGUUCAUUGAGGUCGCCGAGAGUGGCGGCGGCGGCGGACGCCCGCCUUGGGGAACUCUAGUGACAAUGGUACUGAACAGACAGACUCGGAAUACCCACAUACAGAUAGUCUUUGGUGCAUAAUAAAUCAACAAAACCGGUUGAGAAGGACCAAAUGCAGUUAUUAUUUAUUGUUGUAUCUAUGUACAUUUUAAUUUAUGGUGCAUCUGCUUGGCUAGAUGGAUGAAAUCCUAUGGGUGUUAAUAGAUAGAGACCUUACGUCAUAGUGGACUGUUAACCAUAAACGCGACGUCAGUGACACAUCCCGAUAAAUCAACGUGUUUCCUUUGUCCCGUUUCAAAUCCAGACAUGAGCGCUUGACAACACGAACCGAUUAUAUUACUGACUAUUGAAGGUGUUGCGGUGUCAGUCAAUUUCGACCAGAAAAGGAAAGAAAGGCUAAAAUGGUAGAGAGGAAGAAAAGGGAAUGAAAGUGUGGUUAGUGUUUUCUGUGAGUCAUAGAAACAACAGUGAAAAAAUCGAGGUAUUAAUAUAGAAAAUAAAAUCUAAAAAAAGAGUUGCUUCUGAAUAGUGUGCUACCAGGUGUGUUGCCCUAAGCCUUUCUGAUGACAUUGAUACUUCACAAACUAUCGAAAGUUCAAUGAAACGAAACAAAAAAAAUUUAAUGGGAAAAUAGGAAAAAGCCAGGUAUAUAUUUGAUCAUUAUAAGAGUAUAUAUUUAUGUCAAGACCAAAUGAUUAGCGUGUUCAUUUAAAGACACUGUAACAUGGGUGAGGAAGUAAUUUUAGAUAGAUCGAGUCAAAACCGUAUAGUAUAUUAUAUAUGUUUCGAGUUUAUAUGUAUGUGAAUCUGGGUAUCGUAAUGUUAAAUGGAGAUGCUUGCAAAUGACGGUCGUUGAAUUGGUCGUACUUUCUUAUUUUUAUUAGUAAUAGAUUAAACUUAAUACAAGGGAAAACCAUAAUAAAAAAACAUAUUUGAUAAUCAAUACAUAAAUCUAAAAAAACAAACUCGGAUUUCAGCCAAAGACCUAAGUACUACGAAUAAUUUCGAAUUACAUGAUGCAUCAUCUUUGACCAAAUACCAGUUACCGACUAAAAAAAUAUAAUCGGCACAGCAAACCUCAAUAUUGUUCACCCAUCUGAAAUAAGUAUAUUUGAGCAAUUACAGUACCUUAGACAUUUUACCCUCAUGAAAAUACAUUCGUAAGGACACCACAGAUUCUCCUUCAUAAAAAACCAAUAGGUACUCUUAAUAACAUAAAUACAGAGUCUUCUUCAUAACAAACUAAUACCCAUAAUAACAUAAAUACAGAUUCUUCUUCAUAAAAAAAACCAAUACUCUUAAUAACAUAAAUAUAGAUUUUUCUUAACAAACUAAUACUCUUAAUAGCAUAAAUACAGAUUCUUCUUCAUAACAAACCGAUACUCUUAAUAACAUAAAUACGGAUUCUUCUUCAUAACAAACCGAUACUCUUAAUAACAUAUAGACAGAUUCUUCUUCGUAACAUACUAAUACUCUUAAUAAAAUAAAUGCAGACUCUUCUUCAUAACAAACCAAUACUCUUAAUAGCAUAAAAAGUCUUAAAGACAAAAUAAAACAAUAAAAGAAAAACUGAAGCAAAGGGAGCGGGUCCCUGCUAGCCAAUAACAGCCUCCCGCAAAGCGAAAAUGAGCGAGUGAUUCGGACCGUCUCUCGCCGGGAAAAAAUUGGCCAAACUUGAAAUUUCACCCCGGGGCUAAUAUUGGGCGUGAAUAGGAAUCCUUGGGCAAAUAAAGCCCGGUCAAACAAUGAAGAGCGAAUUUCCUCCGCCAAUCUCCGGAGGAAGAUUUAAUUCCCUUCAAGACGACGAUGAUUUAUUGACUUCUCGAUCGACUCCACCGGCGGCGCUUCCACUGCUAAAGAUAAUAUUUAGACACCGGAAGGAGGAGGUGAUGAGGUGAAGACACACACACACACACACACACACAAAAGGCAAAAUUGGGAGACAGACCUACAUCUAUA